AUGACUGACGAAUACGCAGAUUUAAAACUGAUGCUGCAGCAACAGCUUAAACUGAUGUCCGUGCUAACCGAAAAGCUUUCCAGUUCUUCCCUUCAUGCAGGUCUGAGCGCCAAUUCUCAGUCAGUGGACCAGGUGGUUAGCGGCGUCAGCCAAUUUCUGUACGACGCCAAGGCCGGGGUAACGUUCGAAUCCUGGUACAAGCGGUACGAGGACCUGUUCACCGUUGACUUGGCUCGCCAGGACGACGCGUGGAAGGUCCGCCUGCUUCUGCGCAAACUUGGUACCCUCGAACACCAGCGUUACACCAAUUUCAUCUUGCCAAGGAACCCACGGGACGUUACCUUUGACGACACGGUCCGAACGUUGUCACAGACUUUUGGCGAGCAGCCCUCUCUGUUCAAUGCUCGUUACCAAUGUCAGCAGCUGGCCAAACGUGAUGCCGACGACUUCAUCACGUACGCGGGCAUGGUCAACCGUGAAUGCCAACGUUUUCAACUUGGCUCGCUCACCGAGGACCAAUUCAAAUGCCUGAUCAUUGUCUUUGGCCUCCAGUCUCCACACGAUGCCGAUAUCCGGACGCGCCUCCUGUCCAAGCUACAACAGGAUGGAUCAGUCACACUCCAGAACCUGGCCGAGGAGUGUCAAACGCUGCUCAACCUGAAGCACGAUUCUGCCAUGAUCCAGAACGCCGCCGCACCUGGUAUGGUCCAGGGGGCCAAAACUGGGCUGGCUCCCACCCGCGAUCCAAAGAAGAGGUCCCGACCCAGACGCACACCCAAACCUGGUCCGGUUGGCAGCUCCCUGAGCCUGCUGGCCACGUUCCAAAUCAACGCUGCGGAUCGGAGAAAAUUCGUCGACGUCCUGAUCAACGGUCAGUCGGUCCGAUUGCGGUUGGACACUGCGUCGGACAUCACAAUCAUCUCCGAGGAUCUCUGGCGAUCCCUUGGCAAGCCACCUUUCGAACCGACCUCUCAAUCUGCCACCAGCGCCUGUGGUGGUCGCGUGCAGCUAACUGGGCGGCUGCACUGCUCCGUCUCCUUCCGAGACGUCACGUUCAACGCGACCUGCUACAUCACAAAGGCGAAGCUCAACGUACUUGGUCUCGACUGGCUCGAAACCCUUGGCUUGGCCGAUCUUCCUCUUCGGGCCAUCUGCAACAAAAAACCGUGGUCUCGAGUGCACAUCGAUUACGCUGGUCCCAUCGAUGGCAUUUCCUAUCUGGUCGUGGUCGACGCCUAUUCCAAAUGGCCGGAAGUGGUCGCCGUCAACCCACCAACCGCAUCCGCCACGCUGGCUUGUCUCCAACGAAUCUUCAGUCAACAUGGCCUUCCCGAUGUCUUGGUGUCCGACAAUGGUACCCAGUUCACGUCUCCUAUCUUCGAAGACUUUUGCCGCCGACAUUGCAUCGAACACCGCUCACCGCCGUACCAUCCCCAAUCCAAUGGUCAAGCGGAGCGAUUUGUCGACACCUUCAAGAGGGCGCUUUUGAAAUCUCGCGGGGAGGGGACCGUGGAUGAGUGUCUUCAGGCCUUCCUGCUCUCGUACCGGUCCACACCGAAUCCAGCUACGCCAGGAGGCCAGUCACCAGCUGAAGCAUUGAUGGGCCGCAAGCUACGCACAACCAACGAAGCGCUCAUUCCGACUGAGAAGCCACCUAUUCACUCUGGUCCCUGCAACAAGCACAAAGAAUUCGUCGUUGGAGCCCCGGUCUACGCUCGAGAUUACAGAGCAGGUCAUCCUCGCUGGAUCGAAGCAACAGUGACGGCCAGGCGAGGUGACAUGCUGCAUGAUGUCUCCGUAGGUGAUGACACCUGGGUUCGCCAUCGAAAUCAACUUCGUCCGCGCCACGAAGAAACCUCCAUGCCAACCAGCCAUCCCGUGCGCCUGCCGCUGCACAUCCUGCUGGAUACUUUCGGAGUGGCCACACAACGACAGAGCACGGUCGAAGCCGCUCAGUCGCCGCCGCAUCUCGAGAACCCACCUUGCCGACGAACAGAAAGAAUCCGGAGGUCACCGAAAUCCCUCCAGGUCAAUCCUCGCCAGAAGCGGUACUCUUUCUCUUCAAAGGGAGGUGUUGCGGGCCCGUCAAAAAUCCCCGCAAAAAACGCGCCAGUAACUCCGGCAUAAUGGCUGUGGGAAACGGAGUCCAAUUUCUCCCCACAACGCAGCAGUGUUCAGCCACUCCGAGGCGCGCCCCAACUGCGAACCUUUUGACAAUGCUCAUUUGCAAUCUACCACCUCUGCGUGGGGACUGUUUUUCCUAACUUAAUAACCCAUAGCACUGACUGGGAUCGCCCUUUGUCGGUCGUAAAAGAGCCUACAGAGGACCACUUGUCUUUUCUUUCUCUUCGCCUCAGUUGGGAGUCGGUCGGGUCGCGUGAUUGCGUGUGAAUCGUUAGCUGGCCAGCCUUCGCGUCUAAGUCAUUAGCGCGCGUCUAUCGUACCCCCUCUUGUGUGCGUCCGUUUUCGAGGCCUCAGCGUCUAUACGAACAAGUGCGGCUAAGAUCGUUCCCACGCUCGUUCAAUUUUCCGUCUCACCGGCUAAGCUAGC